CCACAACAAACUCUAUAAACAAUCCUCCAAAAAAUCCCCCCAGAGCCCCAAAGUUCCCUCGUAAACAGCCCCGUCCUGCCCCCGCCGUGUCCCCUGUGUCCCCAGGACCCCCCUCCUGCAGACAGCACCCUGCACACUUUAUUUAUUCCCUCACCCUCCUUCACCCACUCUUUGUUGUUUCUUGAGAGAGAAAAAGAAGAAAAAAAAAAAAAGAAGGGAGAGAGAGAGAGAAAGAAAAAAAAAAACCCACACAGGAGGAGGCAGGAGCCUAUUUUGCCUCCCAGGCAAUAUUUCUGGAGCCAAUCGGAAUGCGCACCCACCCUGCCCUGCUCCCUAAUUAAAGGCUUUAAGCAGGCGGCCGGGGCCGGAGGUUUGGGCACAGUCUCUCGGUGGCUCCUCUCGAAGCAGCCGCGGCUCCGGCUCCGCUCGGGGCGCUCCAGGCCGCGGCAGCCGCCAGGUUGGGGGGUCCCCGGCGCGGGCAGGCAGCCGCCCCCUCCCCGCCAUGAGCGGCUCUUUCGAUAAGAAGCUCUCCAGCAUCCUGACGGACCUCUCGGGCUCGCUGAGCUGCCAUGCAGCCUCCAAGGACUCUCCCACGCUGCCCGAGUCCUCGGUCACCGACCUGGGCUACUACACGGGCCAGCACGACUACUACCCGGGCCAGUCGUACGGGCAGCCCGUGGGCCACUACCCCUACCCGCAGUUCAACCUCAACGGCAUCGGCGCCGCGGGCACCUACUCGCCCAAAUCCGAGUAUUCCUACAGCCCCUCGUACCGCCAGUACGGGCACUUCAGGGAGCAGCAGCUCCCGCCGCAGGAGGCAGUGUCGGUGAAGGAGGAGCCGGAGCCCGAGGUGCGGAUGGUCAACGGGAAGCCCAAGAAGAUCCGCAAGCCCCGCACCAUCUACUCCAGCUACCAGCUGGCCGCCCUGCAGCGCCGCUUCCAGAAGGCGCAGUACCUGGCGCUGCCCGAGCGCGCCGAGCUGGCGGCGCAGCUGGGGCUCACCCAGACCCAGGUGAAGAUCUGGUUCCAGAACCGGCGCUCCAAGUUCAAGAAGCUCUACAAGAACGGCGAGGUGCCCCUGGAGCACAGCCCCAACAACAGCGACUCCAUGGCCUGCAACUCGCCGCCGUCGCCGGUGUGGGACAGCCCCGGCAGCGCCCGCACCCCGCUGCCGCAGCCGCUGCCCUACAGCUCCUCGCCGGGUUUCCUGGAGGAGCACAACCCCUGGUACCACCCCCAGAGCCUCAGCGGCCCCCACGGACCCCCGCAGGCGCAGGCGGCCCCCCCGAUGCACCACCCGUCCCCCGGGCCCCCCAGCACCGUGUACUGACGGGCACCGAGGGCUCAGAGACGCUGCACAACUCCUUGGCC